AUGCACUUCUGUAUUUCGGACAAGGUCGCCCUUGGGUUUGUUUACAUCCGGGGAAAACGCAUCAGAACGAGCGACGGGCAGGACCCCGACACCGACAAAACGGCGACGAAGGCCACGAAGGUUCGACGGGCUUCGCCGGAUGCUCUGUGCCGUUCCCCCGCAACCUCCAUCCUGAUCGGUUUGCCCCUGAUUGCAGCGAAGGCACACCUUUCGGCACCGCCACGCCGGUCACUACCGCACGGGUGGUGGGUGUGCAUUGCCGUUGCAGUCUGGUCGCCUAAUAGCCGAGCCAUGUUCAUUUCCAAGAUUGUGGUGUCUGGGUUGCCCUGA